AUGGCGCCCCAACGGAGGGGCGCGCCCAAGGCCCCCGAGGGGAGCGGGACGGCGGAGCGGCGGCGGCCGAGCAACACCAAGAAGGACCGGGCCCAGCUGGAGGCCCCGAAGAGGGGGCUGAAGACCGCUGUGCUGGGGGCCUGCGCUGUGCUUGCCAUGCUCCUGCUCUGGAGCCAUAUGGGGGGUGACGAUGGCAUCACUGAGGUGUUGGCCCGCCGUGGCGAGGUCCUGCCAGGCAGGUUCAUUGAGGUGCCCUGCUCCGAGGACUACGAUAGCCACCGGAGGUUUGAAGGAUGCACCCCGAGGAAGUGUGGCCGUGGCGUCUCGGACGUGGUCAUCACCAGGGAGGAGGUGGCACGAGUCCGCAGCAUAGCCGAGAAGGGCCUGUCCUUGGGAGGAUCGGCUGGUGGGGCCUCCAUUCUGGACCUGCACUCAGGAGCCCUCUCCGUGGGGAAGCACUUCGUGAACCUGUACAGGUACUUUGGGGAUAAAAUACGGACUGUCUUCUCGGAAGAGGACUUCCAGGUGUACCGGGAUGUGAGACAGAAAGUGCAGCUCACCAUUGCGGAAGCGUUUGGCAUCAGUGUAUCCUCGCUGUACCUGACAAAGCCCACCUUCUUCUCCCGGAUCAACAGCACAGAGGCCCAAACAGCACAUGAUGAGUACUGGCAUGCUCAUGUCGACAAGGUCACCUACGGCUCCUUUGACUACACCUCCCUGCUAUACCUGUCCAACUACCUGGAGGACUUUGGCGGAGGACGGUUUGUGUUCAUGGAGGAGGGAGCCAACAAGACAGUGGAGCCGAGAGCUGGCCGGGUCUCCUUCUUCACCUCAGGGUCCGAGAACCUGCACCGCGUGGAGAAGGUCCGCUGGGGCACACGUUACGCCAUCACCAUCGCCUUCACCUGCAACCCCGACCAUGGCAUCGCAGACCCCACCUUCACGUAG